AUGCGACGCGCCAACUACUCUGUUGGGACGCGUGGUACAACUGGCCGCGGCGUGCUCAGAAAUAAAUCGCAAAGUAUAGUUUCGUCUGAUGAUGUCAGCGGAACGGGUCAUAUGUCCACUCAAGAAGACCCGUGUAGUAUAUCAACCUCAGGAUCAUUGAUUUACACUGCGGCCUUGGCUCUCAAGUCGAUAGCUGUGCAGGCGUCGGCAGGGAUC